AGUUCGUGGGUCAGGGGUCACUCAUGAGCAGCGCUCUGAAUGUUCAUGAAUCAAAUACCAGCUGUUUCUUUAGAAUGUUUAUCAUCUUUACCGGUUCAUUCAUGCGCGAUAUUUAAAAAACUAUUUGUCUGAUUUAUACAUCUGACUAUUUUUUCGCUAUACUCUGUUUUCAGUAUCAAAUUAAACCUGAAAAUAGCAAAGCGAUAACUUGCUAUCAAAUAUUCUUUUUAGUGUUCUGAUCAAGUGGUUUCGUGAAUAGUUUCCCUGGCUGGAGAAAGUGUACAUCAAUAAUACAACAAUGCAGGAAUUAAUCGCAACUGUCGAUCACCUCAAGUUUGAUCUAGAAAUAGCUGUAGAACAGCAAUUGGGUGCUCAACCACUGCCAUUUCCAGGAAUGGAUAAAUCCGGCGCUGCUGUGUGCGAGUUCUUCAUGAGAGCUGCAUGUAUGAAAGGUGGAAUGUGUCCAUUCAGACACAUAAGUGGAGAAAAGACUGUGGUUUGCAAGCACUGGCUUAGAGGUUUAUGCAAGAAAGGAGACCAGUGCGAGUUUUUACACGAGUAUGAUAUGACGAAGAUGCCUGAAUGCUAUUUCUACUCCAAAUUUGGAGAGUGCAGUAACAAAGAGUGUCCAUUCUUGCACAUUGACCCAGAAUCUAAGAUUAAAGAUUGCCCAUGGUAUGAUAGGGGAUUUUGUAAGCAUGGUCCGGAUUGCAGGCACAGACACACAAGAAGAGUCAUUUGUGUUAAUUACCUUGUCGGCUUCUGUCCAGAGGGCAAGUCAUGCAAAUUCAUGCACCCAAGAUUUGAACUCCCUAUGGGUGCGACUGAACAGCCACCACUGCCUCAGCAAGCACAGUCUCAGCAAAAGCAGCAAAACAUGCAGCCCAUAAACAGGUCAUCACAGUCACUCAUUCAGUUAACCAACCCCAAUGUAAACAACAAUAUGAGAAUACCAAAUGCUGUUGGAAUAGUGCAUCCUCAUAGCAACAUGGGUGGACCUCGCGGUCCUCGUCCACUGGACCAAGUUACAUGUUACAAGUGUGGCGAGAAGGGCCAUUAUGCCAAUAAAUGCACAAAAGGACAUCUGGCUUUCCUGAGUGGACAGUAAUGGUUUUCUACAAAAAAGGAUCUCUCAUAAUUGUGGCUGUCAGUUGCAGAUUAAGACACUUGAUUCCUGGUAUAUUAACCUUACACUGCAAAGGUUAUAGUUGACUGACGAACAUGUGGCUCUGCCUCACUGUCCAUGUGCCAAGCACUCUCGUGGGUGAGAGUGCAUCACAGCCAGUAUGUUUUCAACAGGUAGAAUGAAUGGCCAGCAACAUCUUUUUUUUUCUAAAUAUAUUUUCUUUCCGAUGAAACCUUGCCUGCCUCACUUUCAUACUUUGAAAUGUGAAUAUUUUCUAUUGAAGCUACAAGCUCUUGAUUACUGAAUCCUAAAGCACUGCUGACAUUAGAGGAAAAUAUAUUAAGCAUUCUUUAGAGAGGACAUUGCGUCUCAUUUGAACAAUGAUUUUAGAAGCCAUGUUCUCUGUAAUGUUUUAUGAAGAAUGUAACUAUAAUAGAUUUAAUUUUCAUUGAGGAUCAACUGUUUGUUACAUACUUCUGGAGUAGCAUAAAACAAACUGCUCUUGCUUUUUCAGUGUUUGAGUAGUCUUUUAUGACUGAAUAUUCCCUUGCAGUGAUACUUUUGUACUUCCCUUAACUUUGGCAAUACAGUAAAUUUAAAUAAGCACUCCAGUGUAAAUGGGUAGUUGACAUGUCAGGCAGUGACAGCCUGUAAUGUGAUAUGCUAUACAUUAUUUGGAACUUAUAACCUCACAUUAUCUGAAAUAUUUGUACUUUUAAAAAUUUUGUCUGCAGGACUGUUUUAAGUGAACUGAAAAACAAACAAACAAAAAAAAAAACUUAUGGUGACAAGUCACAGCACCUUAAAUAUAAACUUGCCCUCACAGAUUAACCUAAAAUCUUGAUGAUUAAAAAAUUCUAAGUCAUU